GUGGAGGAAGCUCAGGGGGCGACCGACAGCAGCGGAUUGGCCGGAGCUCGGUUGGACCAAGAGCCAGCCAACGAGACAAGCUACUCUGUGCCUCGACGAAUCACCAGCCACCUCGGAACCAAGGUGGAGAUGGUGUACAGUCUUCUGUCGAUGUUGGGGACUCACGAUAAAGACGACAUGUCGCGGACGCUGCUCGCCAUGUCGAGCUCGCAGGACUCGUGCAUCGCCAUGCGUCAGUCUGGCUGUCUGCCGCUGCUCAUCCAGCUGCUGCACGGCAACGACAAGGACUCCCUGCUGCUAGGUAACUCCCGCGGCAGCAAAGAGGCUCGUGCGCGUGCGUCGGCCGCACUGCACAACAUCGUCCACAGUCAGCCUGACGACAAGAGGGGCCGGCGGGAGAUCAGAGUGCUCCACCUGUUGGAGCAGGUCCGCCAUUACUGCGAGGAGUGUUGGAGCUGGCAGGAGAACCACGAGAGGGGCGUCGACCAGGAGGACAACCCCAUGCCGUCUCCAGUGGAGCGUCAGAUCUGUCCGGCCGUCUGCGUCCUCAUGAAGCUUUCAUUUGAUGAAGAACAUCGACACGCCAUGAACGAACUCGGCGGUCUGCAGGCGGUGGCUGAGCUGCUGCAGGUGGACUGUGAGAUGUUCGGUCUGAGCAGCGAUCAUUACAGCGUCACCCUGCGGCGAUACGCCGGCAUGGGGCUCACCAACCUCACCUUUGGAGACGUAGCCAAUAAGGCCACGCUGUGCUCCAUGAAGGGCUGUAUGAGAGCGAUGGUCGCUCAGCUGAAGUCUGACAGUGAAGACCUGCAGCAGGUGAUAGCUAGUGUGUUGAGGAACCUGUCGUGGCGUGCUGAUGUGAACAGUAAGAAGACGCUGCGUGAGGUCGGCAGCGUGCGAGCGCUGACCGGCUGUGCUCUCGAGGUCCAGAAGGUAAAUAACAACUAAUCGACCCUCUGAUCACGGAGACGUUACGAGGCGGUUUCUCUCCCGUGUCUCCCGUCACAUUUCACUUUCUGUGGUCUUAAGUUUUUCACUUCAAAAUAAAAGUCCUGCUCCUCUCUGGAAACAGAACCAUCAUGACUAGAAGUAGAACUAGAACACGUCUUUAAUGCAGAACAACACAGUGAUGACAUCAAUCAUUAAAAAGUUGAAUUUCUUUGAUAAUUUAUUUUACAAAAAUUAGAAAACAAUAGAAUUUAUAUAUCCAACAUUUCUCCAACUGUCUCCAAGUGUAGGAAAAACAUGGAGGCUCUACAUGUUAUAAAUAUUAAACUAUUGACAUGUUUCAGCCUCUCCUCUCCUCUCUC